AUCCCGCUCACGUACUGCAUCGCUUGUCAUCAGACAGACUGUAGAUGUCCCGUGACUCCCGUCCCGUCCCGUCUGCAGCAGUCUGCCUCAGCACCUUGCCUGCCCGACAUGCCCUUGGAUAUUACCGGCCCUCCUCCUGCGAGAAACUACUGUAGAAGUAUAGAAACCACUAAACACUAACAGAGGACAUCGCAGUAGGACGGAGCGUAACGUACCUGGGUUCUUGACACUUUUACACUGCGUCUGAUCUAAAGGAUUUUUUAGUCGGUCUAUACUUUUUUGUUGUUGUACCGACUUUUCCCAAAUCGACGUGUAUGGAUGUAUCAUGGCUACGUUUGCAUGCAGGGUGCAGUUCUUAGAUGAUACUGAUCCAUUUAAUAGCACAAAUUUUCCUGAGCCGACCAGACCCCCACAUUUCACAUUCAGAGAGGAUAUUCCGCUCAUCAAUCAGAUCGCUGGAGUUCACAGACUUCUGAAAGCCCCACACAAGCUCGAUGACUGUGCUUUACAGUUGUCUCAUAAUGGCAGUUAUCUGGACUUGGAGUCCACCUUGGCUGAGCAGAGAGAUGAACUUGAAGGCUUUCAGGAAGAUGGAGGGAGAGGAAAAAAGUACAGUAUUAUCCUGAGAACACAGCUGUCUGUCAAAGUCCAUGCCUGCAUAGAAAAGCUCUACAAUUCGACCGGACGUGAGCUGCGAAGAGCGCUGUUCUCUCUCAAGCAAAUCUUUCAGGAUGAUAAAGAUCUGGUGCAUGAGUUUGUGAUGGCCGAAGGACUCACGUGUCUUAUUAAAGUGGGAGCUGAGGCUGACCAAAACUACCAGAACUACAUCCUCAGAGCUCUUGGACAAAUCAUGCUGUAUGUGGAUGGAAUGAAUGGGCUUAUUGGACACAAUGAAACUGUACAGUGGCUUUACACACUGGUCGGAUCAAAGUUCCGGUUAGUUGUUAAAACUGCUCUGAAGCUGCUGCUGGUUUUUGUGGAAUACACCGAGACCAACGCACCUCUCCUCAUCCAGGCCAUCAACACUGUGGACACCAAGCAAGACUGUAAGCCCUGGUCUAAUGCCAUGGAAAUCUUGGAUGAAAAAGAUGGAAUGGACACAGAGCUGUUGGUUUACGCCAUGACCCUUAUCAACAAGACAUUAGCUGGUCUUCCUGACCAGGACACGUUCUAUGAUGUGGUUGACAGUCUGGAGGAGCAGGGCAUGGAGGCUGUGGCCCAGAGGCACAUUAAUAGGAAGGGCACAGAUUUGGACCUAGUUGAACAGUUCAAUAUCUAUGAGUCAACUCUACGUCAUGAAGACGGUGAUGAUGAGACUCAGCCUCCUCCAUCCGGACACAAAAGUCGGCGUCGUGCUAGUGUAGGAGCCACACCUGAGAGGCGGGGUUUGGAACGUCGCCGCAGCCGAAGACAUUCACUCCAAAACGGGAAAGGCCACACCUCUGCUCCUUCUUCCCCCUGUCACAGCCACACGCCCAACAUCCUGCCCCUCAAUGGCCAGAGGAUAGACGAUAUCAGCGAAAGAGAGGAGGAAGAGGAGGAAAAGGAUGAGGAGCUUCAGAAAACAGAGCUCUCUAGACAGGCAUCCGAAAGUCUGUCAGAUGUUAGAUACUCAAACACCUCAUGCAGUUCAUGUGGCAGCAAUGGCUACGCAGGUACAUAUCCUGGCAGGUCAUCUGGGGUGUCCAAUGCCCCAUCCACACCAUACAACCGCUUCGGCCCCCCAGGAGGUCCACCUGCAGACAGUAAGCCCGACAGGCCUACUCUAGGUGGAUUGUUAACCUCCUCCUAUAGGCAACAUCAGGAGUCUCUGAAUGCAGAACGUGAGCGGAGGCGCCUGGAGAGAGAGGAGAGACUUCAGCGCAUUGAAAGAGAAGAGAGAAACCGUUUCAAUCGGGAUUAUGUGGACAAGAGAGAAGAAGUCAAACAAGCUCGAGAAGAAAGAUAUAAGCAAUUGGAGCGGCUGGCAGCAGAGGAAAAUGAAAGGGACCGGUCUAGGACGACACGGGGGCGAACAGAAAUCACCCUCAGCCUGAGUUCACGAUCAUCCAGUAGCUCUUUGUCUCGUUCUGCCACCCCUUUGACUGUAGAAGCUCAAGAGGAUAAACGUUCUUUUCCACAUCCAGCACGAGGAACUGAGUCUGAAACAAGCCAUCCUGUGCAGGCAGCAGUUGCGUGGCCUUCCUCAGAGCCUCCCUCUGCCUCAGCAUCUUCACUGCUCUCGCCUUCCAAACCAGAGGAACAGAGACCUGUGGAACCAUCAGACAUUACGCUCGCUCUGUCUCCAACAAACUCUGAGCCAGAGAGACCUGAGACAGUGGAGAAAGCAGAGGAAGCUGAAGCCAAAGAGUGUGAAGAACUGGUAGUGAGUGGAAUGAAAGAUGAAAAGAAUGAAGAGGCAGAAGGAAACUUUGAGGAAGAGACUAAUCAAAUGGGUACAGAAGAGUGUGUGAGAGAGCAGAUGUUAGAGAGGGAUGUAGAGGAGAGUGCCGUCCUGAGUGAGAAAGAGAGGCAGAAUGAGGAACUGAAUGAGAAAGAUAACUGCUCUGCCUCCAGCAUCUCCUCAGCCAGCAGCACUCUGGAGAGAGAAGAACGAGAAGCGAAGCAUGUCAGUGACAGUGACUCAGGCCGGUGGGCAGACUGUAUGAAUACAGCGGAUGUGAACGAUCCUUGCAAAAAAGUUCUUAACAGCAAACACUUCAUGUUGGACAUGCUUUAUGCUCAAAACAAGAAGGCAGAGGAAGAUGAGAAAGAAAAGGAGAAUGAGAAAGAGUGUCCAGGUCAGGAUUCCUCUGUUACCAGCCUUGCUUGUCGCAUCUCCACUCUGGAAGCACGACGGCAAGCUUGUGACGACAACAUGAAGAAACUGGAAGUGGAGCAUCUGGAUAACCAGGGAAGCGUAAGGGCUGUGGCUGAGAAAUUUGGAGAUUUGGUGAAAGGACUGGUAUCGCCUCAUGAGUUGGAGCAUUCUGGAAAGGAAAAGCAGCAAGCACAGGGAAAACCUCUGCCGGCUCCUUCACCAACACCCCCUAAAAAGGAGUCAGACCACAUAUGGGACCAACUGAUGGCCACACCACGGGAACUACGUAUUAAAGAGCUGGACUUUACGGACUUAGGAGAGGAGGAUGAUGUAGACAUUUUGGAUGUUGGCAAUGUGAUCGGGUCAAGUGACCACACCCCACCUCCUCCCCCGCCUCCCUGCUUGCCUGGCCUUCCACCCCCACCACCUUUAUUUGGAUGCCCUCCACCUCCCCCUAUCCCUGGCAUGAUGAUGCCCCCUCCACCACCUUUUUUGGCUUCAGUACCUCCCCCACAUCUCGGAUCUCCUCAGCUUAGUCGAGGAGAGUCUCCUCUCUUCCAGAAGAAGAAGAAGACCAUCCGGCUGUUUUGGAAUGAGGUCAGACCUAUAGACUGGCAGUACAGCAACCACAAGAGAUGCAGGGAGUCACUGUGGUCUAAACUUGAUCCAGUCAAACUGGACACAGCCAAGUUGGAAAACCUCUUUGAGACAAAAUCCAAGGAGCUCCCAGUAACAAAGAAAACGGCAGCAGAUGGGAAGCGUCAGGAGAUCAUCGUUCUGGAUUCCAAAAGAAGUAACGCCAUCAACAUUGGCCUGACGGUUCUGCCGCCUCCUCGCACCAUCAAAACAGCCAUCCUCAACUUUGAUGAGUACGCCUUGAGCAAAGAGGGCAUAGAGAAAAUCCUGACAAUGAUUCCUUCGGAGGAGGAGACGCAGAAGAUUCAGGAGGCCCAGCUGGCGAACCCCGAUACUCCGCUGGGCAGCGCAGAGCAGUUCCUCCUCAUUCUGUCCUCCAUCAGUGAGCUGUCCGCCCGAUUGCAGCUUUGGGCCUUUAAGAUGGACUAUGACGCUUUGGAGAAGGAAGUAGCAGAGCCACUACAGGACCUGAAAGAGGGCAUGGACCAAUUAGAAAAGAAUAAGACCCUGCGCUGCAUCCUUUCAACUCUGCUAGCUAUUGGCAACUUUCUCAAUGGGACCAAUGCUAAAGGCUUUGAGCUGAGUUACCUAGAGAAAGUUCCUGAGGUGAAGGACACCGUUCACAAACAGUCUCUACUGCAUCACGUCUGCUCCAUCGUCGUGGAGAAGUUUCCAGAGAGUUCAGACCUCUACUCUGAGAUUGGAGCCAUCACUCGCUCUGCUAAGGUUGACUUCGACCAGCUGCAGGAAAACCUAUGUCAGAUGGAGCGCCGCUGCAAAGCAUCCUGGGACCACCUGAAGGUCAUCGCCAAACAUGAAAUGAAACCAGCCCUUAAGCAGCGCAUGUCAGACUUCCUUAAAGACUGUGCUGAGAGAAUUAUCAUCCUUAAAAUUGUGCAUCGCCGCAUCAUAAACAGGUUUCACUCAUUCCUGCUGUUCCUGGGCCACCCACCUUAUGCGAUACGAGAGGUGAGCAUCCACCGCUUCAGUAAGAUUCUGAGUGAAUUUGCACUUGAGUACCGCACCACCCGAGAGCGAGUGCUGCAGCAGAAACAGAAACGAGCCAAUCACCGCGAGAGGAACAAGACCCGGGGCAAAAUGAUCACAGAGAGUGAUGAGGAAGAGGAUGAUGAGAGUGGGAAGUUUGCAGGAUCUCCUCUGGAGGGUCAGGAGAGUCAGCCACAGGGUUUGGGCUACACGGAGGACGUCGCUGAACAUGAGCAGAUGACUGCAGUACUGCGCACCAGCCUGCAGGGCGGCGAUAGUCCGUCCUCUGUACUCCCCGGCCUCCGCACACGGACUCGAGCCACUCGAGGCCAUACGGCACUUUUGUCUGCUGCAAAUGAAGACACUUCUAAUUGCACAAAUGAUACAGCGGAUGAGAUCAUGGAACGCAUUGUGAAAUCAGCCACUCAGGGCCCCAGUCAGUGCACACAGCCCCGUGAGAGGAGACGCUCCAGGGCCAACCGCAAAUCCUUAAGAAGAACACUGAAGAACGGUCUUACUCCAGAGGAGGCGCAGGCACUGGGAUUGGCCAGCAGCUCUGAGAUGCAAGUGUGAGACAGAGUCCGCUCAGGGUCUCGGCACACACACAUCCAAACACAAAUGUGCUGGAACAGGUCACUUUAGCUCGAGUUUGCUUUCCUCUGGAGCAGGUGCAUGUUUCUGGGUUUGUGUUUUACAGCAGCUAUUGCUGUGGACUAUUUGUAUUCUCACAGGUGAAAGGGACUAUAAUCACUAACCCAAUAUACUUCACUUAUCCUGGGACGUGUAGUCAGACCUUACUCCAUUUACUAGCUUAUGCAUUUUGUCCCAAGGUGGUCUAAGAGCAUCAUUGAAACCACUCAGGUGCAUGUUCACUGUUCCUGCGGACUAUUAAUGAUAUCACAAACAUUCAUUUUAAUGCAUAUUUGAAAGAGAACAAGCACAGUUGCAGUGCAACUUCCUAAUGCACAACAUUUAUAGAUGCUCGCUCACACACACACACACACACACACACA